UUCGUCAUCGUCGAGUUGGCUGCCAUAUUGUUUAGAUUUGGAGGAGUACUUUUUCGGGAAAAUCACCGUGGAUUUUUAGACUUCCCUCCCCUGUGUGGUCCAUGAUUAGUAAUGGCGAAAUCAAAGUCAGAACAAGUGCUGAGGCUUGAACCAACUUCAGAACUACGCUUUCGGGGAAAUUUCACCGAAGUCGUCACAGCAAACCUUAAACUCACAAACCCCUCCGAAAAGAAGGUCUGUUUUAAAGUAAAAACUACGGCUCCAAAGCGAUACUGUGUUCGCCCGAACAGUGGAUUUGUCGAAGCUGGUGGGGUGGUGGAAGUGGCCGUGAUGCUACAGCCAUUUGAGUAUGACCCCAAGGAAAAAAGCAAGCACAAGUUCAUGGUGCAGACGAUGUUUGCUCCCGAAGGAGAUGCAGAUCAUGAAACUUUGUGGAAAGAGGCUGACCAGAGUCAAUUUAUGGAUUCUAAACUGAAAUGUGUCUUUGAGUAUGUAGAUGAUGGGGAAGGCAAUGCGGAGACUUCUGUAGGAGGAAAUGAAAAUGAGGUUGCAAACAAAGAGCAGCUCAAGGUUCACAAGACAGAGACUAUGGCUGAGUUCGAGACCCCAGCCCCUAGUUCUACUAACAUUCCAGGUAGCCCUUAUAAGGAGCAAGGAGUGGAGGUUACAACAUCAACAAGAUCAUUGCAGGGUGUGGAUGAAGGAAGAGGCUACAGCGAUGAGUUAGAAAGGCUGAGAAAAGAAAACAGUGAUCUUAGGGCUGAAAUGGAUCAAGUUCGGUACAGGAAGAAUGUGGCUUCCCAGUCUUCCGCAACAACACAGGGUUCAUCGCCCAAGGUAUCUACACUCCUUGCACCAGACGACAGCGUCAAUUUACCGCCAUCGGUUAUUGCCUACAUCGUCUUAGCCUUGAUAUUCGGUGUCGUCAUUGGCAAAUUUAUCCUGUAAGAGACAGUGGAUCUCGAAAAUAUUUUAACGCGUUAUAGAGCAAAAUGAACAGACGAAAAAGUUACCAUCAUGAAACAGAUUUCAAGUGUUUAAAUAUGCAGUUGACACUGUAACGCACAGAGAAAUUUUACUUUUAAAAGUUCUAGUGGUAAAUUAAGUCGUUGAACGAAACAUCUGAUCAAUAAUUACUUUUUCGCUUUCCCCAAAUCUCACAAUUUGAUCUCCCGUCUCUCUUGUACCAUUUGAAGGCAUUUACUAGCUACAGAAACAGUGAGUAAAGAAUAUAGAAUUGAAGAAUGUCUCGUCACGGCUUUACCUUAUUUUAAAAGAAAUAUUCAGUGUCCCUGAGUACGUGCAUGGCAAAACACUGAUCGAUCAUUACAGGGGAGGGUAUCUUUUGACGCUUGAUUAAUUGGAUUGUGUCAUGCCAGUUAAAUUAACUUUGUUUAAGGUUUUGCUAAUAACUCGCCAUAAAAUUGAACGUUGGCAGGAAAUUGACAUAUUUAUAACGUAUGAACAUUCUUAAAUAGCGUCACUUUCGCUGGUUUAAGAACAGGCUGAAUAGUUUUAAAAUGCCUCCGGGGUGAGAAAUAUUUUUUUUUAAUCUUGGUCAUUUGCUUGCAUCCUUUUUUUCUUUCGUAAUUGCUUUGUGUGUUGAUCGUUUUCACGAUGUUAAGGAGGUUAUUUUUCAAGCUUUUAUUUACUUAGCUAAAUUCUGUGACAGAAGUUCAUGUUCAGCAAACCCCCUAAGAACUUUCGUUUUCUCCAUAGAGACAACCCAUUCCGCGUUUUCAAUGCUUGCAAUGAAAUUCAGAGUAACGUCCAUUACUAAAACAUCUUCGGACGCUGCAAUCUUUUUUACACGCUACUCGCAACAUACUCCGUGAUAGAUAUUUGGAAAAGUGGGCAGCCUAUCUGUGCACGUUUGUAAGCAAAAUGAAUCAAAAACAGGAGACUCUCUUGUUGUUAACUUCCGCGGAACGACUAGUGGUCUAGUCUAUUGCAUGAUUGUCUAUUUGGGCGGCGCCGUAAUAAACUACCAUGCGAUGGA